AUGUCCGCACAAAUACUUACUGCUGCCUCAAAAUAUCAACUUUAUAGUACUACUGUUAUGUGUCCAUUAGGAGUUGUCGCUUAUCAAAAUGUUCGUCGAUUAGUUCGUCGACAAAUACCUGUUGCUCGUCGUCGAUUAGAUCGACAAAUAACUGCAAUGUGUUUUAUACGUGUUAUAGCUUUUGUUUGUUUGGGAACACCUUAUUUUUGGAGUCGAAUAUAUGUACUUAUCCAUCCUAUUUCACGAAGUGAAUCAUUAGAAUUUGCAACGUGGGAGUUAGUUCAAGUUAUUUUUGCGUCUUUUGCAUCUCUUAACUUUGCGAUCAGUUUUUAUCUUUUUAUUAUAUCAUCAUCACACUUUCGUCAUCAAGUAAAAUCUGUAUUAGUAAAAAAAUGUUGGAAACGAUUGAAAUAUUUAUGUUGCUUUGGUAAUAUUCAAAUUAGUCCGGAAAAUAUAGAACAAAAUAAUUUAAAUAUAGAACUUGAAGAAAUUCACUAA